AUGAAGGUUGGAUUUGUUUUACUGGUCUUACUUCCCUACAUUGCUACAUACCGCAUCAAAGGUGGUGUUACUGAAUCACUUGAACUCGAUUCAAGAGAGAAACUGUGCAAGAAUUCACUCCGUGAUUUUGAAGUCUGCCUUGAACCCUUUUUCGAUACACAUGAGGCAUUUACCCGAGACUACUGGAAAGAUUACAGCAAAAAAGAGAUCUUCCUGAAAGAACUGAACAACGCCAAGUGUUUGAACAGCUGGAGGUGUUCUGCCGAAAUUUUUGAAACGGAAGUUCGAUCCAAGCUCAAGGACAUGUUGCGAGAUAUUUAUGAAGAAGCAGACAUAUGUAUAUUUGAAGGAAUUAUGUCCGGAGAUGAUGUCACAUCCUGUCUUUCUAAUGUGGAUGAAGACACAGAUGAGAAUAGUAACAGUGAGGAAUCUACGUCAACUGAUGUUCCAUCUACCACAACACAAUCGUCCACAGUAGCAGAGAACACUGAAUCGACAACAGAAAUUCCUGAGGUGUCUUCCACAACUGUUGAAGAUACAUCGACCACUGAAACAACAAAUACCGUUGCUGAUUCAACAACUGUAAAUGAUGAAUCAUCCACUCUUUUCGAAUCAGAAUCCACAACUGAUUCAACAUCAACCACAGAGGAUUAUGAAACUGAUUGGAUCAAAUCUUCUGAGGAAACAACAACAGAAGCAUACUGGGAUAAGCGUAUUAAAAUUUUGGAUGAAGCAUCCGAACCACAAGAUGAGGAAAAAAGGGAGGAGAUCUUAGGGAAAGAAAUAGAGAUCCUAGACAAAGAAAUAAGAAUACUGGGUCAAAAAGUUGGAGAUCAUUCCGAUGAAUCAGCCGAUUCUUUUGAAGAAAUCUAUAUCCCAAGAAACAGCUCCGGAGGAAAAAUGAUUUAUUUGACAACAACAAUGGUCUUCGCAGUCAUUUUCCUGUUUUUGUUUUUUUAA